AUGCGCAGAGGAAGAGUGAGACGUAGGGGCGGCGGAGAUGAGGAUGCAGAUAUCAACCUCACACCGAUGCUGGACGUGGUUUUUAUCAUGCUGAUCUUCUUCAUUGUGACAGCCACUUUCAUUAAGCAGGCUGGUAUUGAAGUAUCACGUCCUGAAGCGGUCACAGGGGAACAGAAGCCUACAGUGGCGAUGCUGAUCGCGAUUGCGCCAAACGGCGACAUCUGGAUCGAUAAGAAGCGUGUCGACCCCGCAACGGUCAGGGCACACAUCGAACGCCUUCACUCGGAAAACCCCAAAGGCGGACUGGUCGUUCAGGCCGACAAAGAAUCAACCAACGAAAAGCUUAUGGCAGUGCUUAGCGCGGCGGUAAUCGCCAACGAUGAGGCAAAAAUUGAAGAUGGCGUGAAAGGCAAACUCCUGGACAUGGUGCGCCUUGCCGAAGAUGAAGAUAUACAAACGAAGCAGCGUAAACCCACGCCUCCGCCUCCACCGGAUGAGCCGCCACCGGAUAUGCCCAAACCUCAGUUUGAUUCCUCUGAUGUCUCCCAAGGUGUGGAUAUCGGCGCAGUUGAUGUCAACGUUUCGUUAGACGUUGGUGGGGGUGGGUUCAGCUCUGACGGUGAGUACCUGCCUAUUGUGAAGGUUGCACCGGUUUAUCCCCGGCGCGCUCAGACACGUGGUAUUGAAGGUUACGUGGUUCUUGAAUUCAUCGUGACAAAAACCGGCGCAGUACGCGAUCCGGUGGUCAUUGAAGCAAAACCACCGGGCAUUUUCGACCGAUCUGCAAUUAACGCCGCGCUGAAAUUCAAAUAUAAGCCUAAGGUGGUGAAUGGCGAUGCCAUUGACGUAGCCGGGGUCCGUAACCGCAUCACCUUUGAACUGGCUGAUGGAUAG